AUGAAGUCCGUAGCUGUCCUCCCCGCCAUCCUGGCAUUGGCCAACGCCCACGCCACUUUCCAACAACUCUGGAAGAACGGAAAGGAUCUUGAGAGCACCUGUGCCAGGCUGCCACCUUCCAACAGCCCCGUCGAGGACUACACAAGCACGGCGCUGCAAUGCAACGUUAGCCCUGCUCCCGCUGAGGGAAAGUGCGACUUUGAGGCUGGUGACACAGUCACUAUCGAGAUGCACCAGCACAACACCCGUGACUGCAAGGAGGAGGGUCUUGGUGGUGCUCACUGGGGUCCCGUCCUCGCAUACAUGUCCAAGGUUGAGGAUGCUGCCACUGCCGAUGGUUCCAGCGAGUUCUUCAAGGUUUACCAGAACACCUGGGCGAAGAACCCAGAUGCCACUCAGGGCGACAACGACUUCUGGGGCACCAAGGACCUCAACUACAACUGCGGCAAGCUCGACUUCACCAUCCCCAAGAACAUCGCUCCUGGUGACUACCUCCUCCGUGCUGAGGCUAUCGCCCUUCACGCUGCAGGCCCCGCUGGUGGUGCUCAGCAUUACAUGACCUGCUACCAGCUUACCGUCACCGGUAGCGGAACCCUCGAGCCCAAGGGUGUCACCUUCCCAGAGGCCUACUCCAAGACUGGUCCUGGUCUUGGUUUCUCCAUCCACGCCGAUCUCGACUCAUACCCCGCUCCUGGCCCUGCUCUCAUCGCUGGUGGUACUGAGGCUACCCCCGAGCUUCUCACAUUCGGCGAGCUCGCUGGUGCUCCUGCUGCUACCGCUACCGGCGGUGCUGAGACUCCUGCUGCCUCCACCCCGGCCUCCGCUGUCGCCUCUUCCACUGCUGCUCCCGCUUCCACCAGCGCUGCUGCCGAGGCUGAGCCUUCUGCGGUUGCCCCAGUCGAGGUCUCUUCUGCCGUUGAGAGCUCCGCUGCCGCUACCUCUGCCGCCGCCACCUCUGCUGCCGCUUCUUCUGCCGCUGCUCCUGAGGUUUCCAGCGUUGUCGCCCCCUACCCCGUAGCCAACAGCACCUCUUCGAUGCUUCCUGGCACCGUCUCCAGCGCUAUCGUUGCUCCUACCACCAUGCUCACCGCUGUCCGCCCCACUCCUACCGCUGAGCCAUCUGGUCCCAUCAAGGAGUACUACCAGUGUGGUGGCCAGGGCUUCAAGGGUGACAACAAGUGCGCUGAGGGUCUUGAGUGCAAGGAGUGGAACCCAUACUACUCCCAGUGCGUCAAGCCUGAGGCCAACAAGCCCGGUCCUUCCAAGGGUCCUAUGCCCUCCGCUCCUGCCCCUAAGCCCACUGCCGUUGCCCCUAAGCCCACCGGCGCUGCCCCCAAGCCUACUCCUGAGGCUCCCAAGCCCUCAGCUGCUAAGCCCACCCCUGCUGCUCCGAUCGAGGCCGAGCCUACCUCCGUCGCACCCGAGGCUGUUGAGCCCACCAAGCCUGCUGCUUCAUCCGCACCCGCACCCUCAGCCGGUGCUGGUGAGAAGACCUACACCCUCGAGACCUUCAUCGCUUUCCUUGAGCAGGAGGCUGGCACCGAGUCUGCUGCUAAGAUCCGCCGCAUGGUUGAGGCUCUCCAGUAG